CCACUUAUAACUUGAAAAAACAAUUACACGUGUAAUUUUUUUUUCCAGGCACAAUACUAAUGAAGAAGCAGUAGCCUCGCCCCAAAGCAGGAAAACACGUCAAUGUAGAAAAUAGAGGCACAUGUGGGCGGGGGAGUUUCAAUCCUGAUUGUUUUGUGAAGCCUCACGUAGCUGUAAAGCAGAAACAGAGAGCAAAAUAAAUAAAAUAAAGAAGAAACCAUGGAAGCUGCAGCAGACGUGCAGGACGCCAAGGACACAAGCCCAAGCAAGCAGCGGGACCGCGGCUCCGCGGAAAGCUUGCAAAGAGGAUCUGGGGCUAAACGCUGACUUAAAAGGGCUUGGAAGCGCUUACAAAAACAAGCAACCGCUUCUCAAUCCCCCUUCCCACCAAAAAAUAAUAUAAAAUAGACCCAAAAACUCUGUUCCCGGCUGUGCUGGGGCCAGCCACCAGGUGCCGUGCCCUCCUGGUGACAGGCAGGGACGGGGCACGGCACGGCCCCCAGCGACCCCCCAGAGAUGGCGGCCGCCGGCCCCCGGCCCGCACCCCCGGGCCGCGCAGGCCCGUGCAGGGCCGCGCCUCCCGCCCGCCCCCCGGCUGCGGCUCCCGGCCCGGCUGGAGACGAGGGGGAGCCCCGGGGGCUGCGGGCAGAGCCGGGGGCUGGCGGGGGGGAGCCGCUCCCCGGCCAAGGCGGCCGCUCCCCUUCCUCGCUGCGCGGAGGCCGCGGUUACAGCUUCUGCUAUUCUCACAGCCUUGUGCAUCUUCUCUACCCCUUUCUCCAUGCUUGUCUGAGGGCAAAAUGUCUUUGGGACAGGAAAAGCACGUUGUCUGUCUUCCAUGAAACCAGGCAGGGUUUAACCUGGUCCCUGAUGUUUUGGGACCCUCCCCUGACAUGGUCAUCCUUUCCAGUUGAUGCUCCUAGUUGUCAGCAUGAAAGGAAAAACGGCACACUGCGAUUGGAAAUCUGCACCCCAAGAGAAGCCCUCUCCCUGCGAUCGAUAUAAACAUGCUUGCGUUAUUUGCAGAGGGUUUGUUUAUCUUUAUGGAGGGAGGAACACCACCAGUCUAAGAGAUUUUUGGAGAUACAAUCUGGGGAGGAAUGAAUGGGAGAUGCUGGAUUGCUCAAGAGAUGGUCCAGAAGAACUGGAAGAACAUUCAAUGGUGGCUUACAAGGGCACCCUGUGUAUUUUUGGUGGAAUGAUGGAUUCUGCUUUCACGCAAGCAAAAACCCCUCUCUGGAUAUAUGAUACUGAUUCUGCAAGAUGGACAGAGUGCCGUAACGUACCAGCAGAGACUGAGAGCUUGGCACCAACGAACAGAAAAGGUCACAGCGCAGUAGUGUACAAUUCCAGCAUGUAUAUCUAUGGGGGAUACCUUGGUAUCAGAGGCAUUUCACAAGAAUUUUGGUCUUUCAAUUUUGAUACAAGAAAAUGGUUGUGUGUUUCCACCCCACCUCACAACAGUGGGCCUGGAUCUCGUCAUGGACAUUCAGCAGUGGUCUAUCAAACAGGCAUGUAUCUCUUUGGAGGACUGAUGGGGCUGAGUGAACAGAAGGACUUUUGGAAGUGGGACUUCAUAAACAGCAGCUGGUACAACAUCAGAACAAGCCAAGGACCUCCUCCAGUGGUAGGUCACGCUUCAGUGGUCUUCAAAGACUCAAUGCUGGUUUUUGGUGGAGGGAUUUCAAACUCCAGUCCUAACGACGACCUCUGGAAGUACCAUUUCCACACACAGACAUGGAAGAAGCUAAGUAGUAUUACAAAGGCAAACUUUUUUCCUAAAAUGUAUCACUGCACCCUAGGAAUUGGUGUUGCUUUUCAAACUACCUCAGGUUCCCCUAAUACAUCCCCCAGUCACUGGAAGGGCAAGCAGAAGGACCGCCACCCGCUGCUGACCAUCCCAAAGCACAGCCGCUUGUGCGACUACUUCCGUCGUCAGCCUCUCUUCCCAGCGCUCAGCACGGAGCAAAGCGAUGCGAUUGAAAUGAAAACCUUCAGCUUGCCUCUGGAGCCAGCGGGCUUCUGUGCAUUUCAAACCACUUCGGAGGCAGAGCUAGAUCCAAACAGAUCAACCAGCAUUUUGUCAAAGAAAAAACCCACCCAUCUGUUUGUCUCUUCAGAAAAAGAGACCUUUGCUGCUGCUGUGCUUGUGGAAGAAGGAACUGACUGUCAGGACGCAACUGCAGUGGAUGAAGUUAGCAGUGACACCAAUGUGCUGCUGGUCAUUGGGGGUAAACCUUUGUCCAGCUUCUCUGAAAUCUCAUUGUGGCAAAUAGGGUGCGAUAGCUUGUCACCACUUUGAUUGCAAAGCAGAAGGAUAAACUCCCACCAACAUACUAGGAGGUGUUGAACCAACCACUUGCAAGUGUUUUUUUUCCUAGUGGUGCACUGGGAAAAAAACGAAACCUUCUUGUAGUUGCUAUGAACAGACUUUUCACAAUGUGAACAAAAACCUCUAUAUAUGUAAGUCACAACUUACAUAAGCGUUACAGUUUCUGAGAGGAGCAUGUGGGAACACUACUGCUUUUGUUACUUUUCCUUCUGGUCAGUUAAUGUCCUUUCAACUUGCAGCGGCCAAUGCUGCCUUGAAAAUGACAGCUACAAUAACCCUACCUCCAUACCUGCCAUUUGCGGUGCAAAGCUUAUUUUGUGCUGGGUUAAGUAAAAGAAACACUCAUAAAACCAUACUGAAAUCAAGUUUGCGCACGUUACAGUCAUGCUUGGCUAUGAGAGAUUUGUUGAUCUUAAUAGCACUGUUUUCUAAGACAUUUAAGAUUGCAUUUUCUUCAAAGAUUUCUGCUUUUUCAACUCCAUCACUGUUUUGUAAGCAUAUGUAUCAAGUAUUUGUUACACGUUUCCCGUCUAUAUCAAGUAAAAGUAAAUCCUGAGCUUUUGUAUGUUCUUUUUUUUUGUUUGUUUAAAAAUUCGCUAGCAUUUCGAUUCACUGAGAAAGGUGCUUUUGUGAAACCCAGUGUUUCAAGUGUUUAUUUUUGUAUUAGUUACUCAGAUACUGGCCUUCUGAUUUAAUUUGUCCUCAUGUAAGAAGAAAUGAUGAUGAAUGAAAUUACUGGAAAGUGUUAUUUAAUACUUCUCAAUAUUUGAAAAAAAAUUGUUCUCAAAAGUUUCAUAUGAAAUGAAUUUUCAGUGGGAAUAUUUACAGGUACUUCCUUAAUCUCUUUACAAGUUGCUGUAACAUGAAAUCAAUAGGAAAAUUACAUGUGUUUGCAAAAAGCUACUUAAAAGUUAUUUGGACCUUCAGUGACGUUUUUUUAGGACCAGAAUUGUAUGCUGCCAUAUAAAUAAAGCCUGCUGCAUU